UAUUUUAUAUUAGAAUUUGAACAUAAUUAUAGCUAAACUAUCACACAAAUGAAGCUCUUAAAACCCAGUUGGGUCAAUCACGAUGAUAAACCAAUAUUUUCGGUUGAUAUCCAUCCCACUGGAAAACGGUUCGCGACCGGCGGACAGGGCGGCGACUCUGGCCGGGUGGUCGUGUGGAAUCUCAGCUCGGUGCUGUAUGAGUCGGUCGAGGUGAACCCCAAUAUCCCCAAAAUGCUGUGUCAAAUGGAUAACCAUCUAGCAUGUGUAAACUGUGUGAGAUGGAGCAAUGGGGGUCGUUAUUUGGCUUCCGGAGGUGAUGACCGACUUGUCAUGGUCUGGGGACUGAGUGUUUUAGCUGGUGCACCUGGUAAUAAUAAAGCUGAAACCUGGAGAUGUCUGUCGACACUUCGAGGCCAUGCAGGUGAUGUCUUAGAUUUGGCAUGGUCACCAUUGGACAAAUGGUUAGCAAGCUGCAGUGUAGACAACACCAUAAUAAUAUGGAAUGCUGAGAAAUUUCCGGAAAUGGUCUGUGUACUGAGCGGACACACUGGUCUUGUUAAGGGUGUUGCUUGGGAUCCGGUUGGUAAAUAUAUUGCAUCCCAAUCAGAUGACAAGUCAUUAAGAGUAUGGAAGACUGCAGAUUGGGCACAAGAAACUGUGAUCACUGAACCAUUUGAGGAGUGUGGAGGUACGACGCACGUGUUGCGGUUGUCUUGGUCGCCGGACGGACAGUACGUACUGUCUGCGCACGCGAUGAACGGCGGCGGCCCCACCGCCCAAGUAGUGGAGCGGGAUGGCUGGCGCUGCGACAAGGAUUUUGUUGGUCAUCGGAAAGCUGUCACUUGUGCGAGGUUCAAUAACAACAUAUUCGUCAAAGAAGGCAAGAAGUGUUGCUGCGCGGCGGUUGGUUCCCGCGAUCGUGCGCUCUCUAUCUGGCUUACGUCUCUCAAACGGCCUCUGGUCGUUGUACAUGACCUCUUCACCGACAGCGUGCUGGAUCUCUCUUGGAGUUCCGACGGGUUGAACCUUCUGGCUUGCAGCUCAGAUGGUACAGUGGCUUGUAUUCAAUUCACAAACAAAGAAAUUGGCACACCCCUCACAAUGGAUGAAAAGAAUGCGUUCUAUGAGAAAAUCUACGGCAAAUGUCUGGCCAACGAGUCUGGAGGAGACCUGUCUACUAAUCUCCUGGUGGAGUGCCCCGAGAUCAUGCUCGCGAGGGAGAAGCAGGAGGCAAAGAAAGAAGCUGCUAAAGAAGAUACUACACCCAAGAGCGACAAGUCACAGAUGGCGAAGUCUAUAACGGCCCCGCAGUCAGCGUCGCCGGUGUCGACCGCGUGUGGCUCGCCGCUGCGGCCCAUAGACAGGCAGAUCGAGACUCGAACCUCAGAUGGCAAGCGGCGCAUCACCCCUGUCUUCAUUCCGCUCACACAAGCAGACGCCAACGAGUCGUUAGGAUCCCAGCCGGGCGGGUCUGAGAACUGCUUCAGCACAUCAUCACAGAGCAAGUCACGGAUCCGUGUGGAGGUUCGCGAUGAUAUCGUUAUACAUCCAAACGUCAGUAACCACGCAAUCAACACCUCGCAGGGCAACUCCCGUCUCAAUGAGAACGGGCUGGAUCAGAGGUUGCGCAAGCGGUCUGCGGCGACGCUGCCGGGGCCCCGCGCCGGAGAGGUGCACGCCAAGCGAGCCUGCGUCUCCCCCGCGCCCGCGCCGGGGCCCGCGGGGCCAGCGGGGCCCGCCGCGUCCGCGGGGCCCGGCCCGGCCCUGCCCGCGCCCACGCUCGGCGCUGCCGGGCCCAUAGUUCGCGCCGCCGGCUCGCUCAGGCUGCAGGUGGUUAAUAAGGCGUUCAACACGUACUACGGCACGCUCUCGAGGUUGCAGCUGUUACCCAACAACUCUGCAUCAAAUGAUCCAGUUUGGGAAACAUAUCUAGGCUCGCCGGUGACGUGCGUGUCGUGCGACGCGCGCUGGGCGUGCGUCACGUGCGCGGACGGGCAGCUGCACGCGUGGCGCCUCAGGCCGCACUCGCGGAACGUCGCGCGCGCGCUGCCGCCCAUCGCGCUGAUGUCUCAAGCGGUGAAGCUGUCUCUGUGCGGGGACCGGCUGACGGCGGUGACGACGUCUGCCGAGCUGGCCGUGUGGGACCUGACCACGGCCGCCUGCCUGCUGCGCCCGCUCAGCUUCAGGAACCUACUCGCGCAUAAGGUGACAGUAACGAAUUGCUCUCUAUUGGAGGACGGUAAUCCGAUGAUCUCCCUCAGUAACGGCAAAACUUACAUCUAUAGCAAAAAGUUAUAUGCAUGGGUGGUGUGGACUGACUCCGGCGACCCAGUGUGGAGAGCCGGCGGACGACUGGCGGCCCGCCCGCCCCGCGCCCCCGCCCUGCCGCCGCCCACCGUCCGCCGCGAGCGAGCGCCGCCCGCCUCCAGGCCCGCCAGGUACGUAGCCAGGACCCGCCCGCCCCGCGCCCCCGCCCUGCCGCCGCCCACCGUCCGCCGCGAGCGAGCGCCGCCCGCCUCCAGGCCCGCCAGGUACGUAGCCAGGACCCGCCCGCCCCGCGCCCCCGCCCUGCCGCCGCCCACCGUCCGCCGCGAGCGAGCGCCGCCCGCCUCCAGGCCCGCCAGCUACAGCGCGGAGUGCACCCGCAGCUGGCUGGAGUCGCAGACGGCGGCCAGCCUGCACCUGCAGCUGGCGCACGACUACCGCCACUGGCUCACGUCGCUGUUCACGCACCUCGUCUCGCACGGCACAGAGGACCAACUGAGGUAUAUUUUGGACGACAUGCUCGGGCCCAGCCAUUGUACAUCUACGCCCAAAAAGUGGCAAUCUACAGUGCUGGGCAUAAAGAAACACGAUUUAUUAGAAGAGAUGCUCUCGCUCCUCGUACGGCAGUUGCGAUGGCAACGAAUGUACUCUGAAUAUUCGGAACAGUUGAACGACAUCAAGCAGACUAACGGCGUCGUCAACGGCCACUGACGGCGUCAUAUUCAGCGACGUGACGUCACGGACCCACGUGUCACUAGUGAUGGCCGACGAAUCACUUACCGACGUUGUCCUGUAACUAAUCGACGGUAUGCCAUACACGGGUAUUGUGAUAUAACUAAUCGUUAUCGUUGCGUCGGCUACGGACAUACUUAUCGACAUUACGUCAGAUAUGGACGUCGAAAUACUGUUAAUGGACGGUGCGUCGCGGACGGACGUCUCACUGGUGACAAACUGUACCUCGGAUAUAAACGUCAUGUUACUGGUAGAAUGUACGUUAAAUAUAGAUCUCAUAUCAUUGGUUGUCGACGGUACGUUAAGCAUAGAACGUCAGCUACGUCAUCUUAAGACUAGUUACAGGUGAAUCAACUUGAAGACGUUUUUGCGUUUGUAGUAGUGUACGGUCAGUAGAUAAAUA